GAGGAUUGGACACCAAAUCAUUGCUUCUCCCUAUUAACGCUGCAUCUUUUUUGUCAAACCUAACAUGAGUGACAGUGCUGGCAUCCAGUUGUAACUGUUCUUCUCAUGGGAGGCACUAGAGAACACUUCUUUAUCUACCUUAUAAAUAUAACAGAGUGGCUAGCCAGCUAAAACUCUCAGAACAUAAAGAAAUAUGUACACUAAAGAGCAGCUCAUGCUUCAUUUUCUUCCCUUCCCUUUUUAUAACACACAUAAGUGGUCCCUUGACUGAACUGUCCAGCCCUGUUGGAGGCAAUUCACCAAGUCUAUGUGAUAUCAUAAAAGACUCAAUAUCAUAUGAUAAAGCCAAGACAUCGCUUGCAGAAAGGUCUUAUCACAUAAAAUAACUCGGUUUCUACCCUUCUUGGUAAGAAUACUCACCAAUAAAGAUACACAGACUGGUCUAUGAACUACCAGGGCUCUUACUGCUGAAUCACAGAGAUAUGAAGUAGACCCUUUUCAUGUCCCAAAGCAUAUGUUGUUGAGGCCUCAUGAGUGACAAACAAAACAGCUGGCAGAAGGUUGAAUGCAGAAGUCAAUGAGAAAUGACAGUCAAGCCAUGACCGGUGUGGCUCAGUUGCUUGGAGCAUGGUCCUACAAAGGGAAAGGUUGCUUGUUCAAUUCCCAGUCAGGGUAUUUGUGUGGGUUUGGGUUCAGUCACUCAUCAGGGCAUAUUAAAAAGGCAACCAAUCUAUGUUUCUCUCUCACACUGAUGUUUCUCUCACUCUCAUUUGCCUCCCUUCCCCUUCUCUAAAAAUAAAUACAUAAAAUCAUUAAAAAAAUAGAAGUGCAAAUUAAUCCAAUAUUUUUGUUCAUGUUCUCAGGUGACCAGGAACAAUCACUGAGUCAGGGGCAUGUGGUUGAAUGAGUCCUGCACAGAUGACUUCAUCCUCUUGGGCAUCUUUUCCCACAGCCCAGCUGACCUUGCCCUCUUCUCUGUGGUCAUGGUGGUGUUCUCAGUGGCCCUCUGUGGAAACGCCCUCCUCCUCACCCUCAUCAGCAUAGAUGCUCGACUUCACACACCCAUGUACUUCUUCCUCAGUCAGCUCUCCCUCAUGGAUCUCAUGUUGGUCUGUACCAUUGUGCCAAAGAUGGCAGCCAGCUUCCUGUCUGGCAAGAAGACCAUCUCCUUUGUGGGCUGUGGCAUACAAGCUGGCCUUUUUGUCUGUCUCGUUGGAUCAGAGGGGCUUUUGCUGGGGCUCAUGGCUUAUGAUCGCUAUGUGGCCAUUAGCCACCCUCUGCACUAUUCCACCCGCAUGAGUCAGAGGGUCUGUCUCCAGAUUGCUGGUAGUUCCUGGGCCUUUGGGAUGCUAGAUGGUUUGAUCCAGAUGGUGGUAGCGAUGUCCUUUCCCUACUGUGGCUCAAGGGAACUGAACCACUUCUUUUGUGAAAUGCUAUCCUUGUUGAAGCUGGCCUGUGUUGACACCUCACUUUUUGAAGCCCUGCUCUUUGUUUGCUGUGUGUUGAUGCUGCUCCUUCCCUUCUCCAUCAUCGUGGCCUCCUAUGUUCGCAUCCUGGGGGCCGUGCUCCAUAUGCACUCUGCUCAAGCUGGUAAAAGAGCUCUGGCCACCUGUUCCUCUCACAUGACAGCUGUCUCCCUCUUCUAUGGGGCAGCCAUGUUCAUCUACCUGAGGCCUAGGCGCUACCGGACCCCCAGCCAUGACAAGGUGAUCUCUAUAUUUUACACAGUCCUUACCCCUAUGCUCAACCCCCUCAUUUAUAGCUUAAGGAACCGGGAUGUGAUGGGGGCCCUGAAGAAGGGGCUGGACUGUUGCAGGAGCAGCAGCCAACAAUGAAUGGCCAGGGCAUCCUGUGUCUGGUGCCACCAUGUCUUGGUUACACAACAUUGGCAAGUAACUCACCUUUUGUUAGUGUUGUUUCCUUAUCAAUAAAUGGGAAUAAUGACACCUGCUCUGCCUCACAGGGACUCUCCUAGGGAUGACUACAUGGAACUCAAAUGGCUAACAGAGAAACAAUGCAUUGCUAUUGUCAUUGAUCCCCAUUUAUGGAGUCCUUGAAGUGAAUUCACUCUCUGUCUUAACUGUUCUUUUUGGUGACUAUUUUAUUGAGAGUUUAUGAACUGUGGGGCACUGUCCUGGUCCCUUUACAUACUUGUGUAUUAUUUAAUUGAUGAUUCAGCAUAAUAAUCAUGGGUAUCUGAAUUCUAGAUAGCAGAAAUUAUCUUUAUAAUUCUUCCUGAGUAGGUCCUAGCUUUCUCCCUUGACUCAAUGAAGACUUUAUAAAGCUUCUUCUAUGGAAUAAAAAUAUAUCCCUACU